UUCCCUCCUAAUAAGCUUAUUUAUUGCUAACUAACUAGCGUUAUUAAUGUCAAAGAGUACAGAAGCCUGAUAUAUUGUUCGCGGUUCUAUACUCAUUGUUUCGAGUUGCUGUCAUUAGUUCUGUGUAUUUAAGUCUCCGUUUAAGUAGCCUAUAUUUCCCCAGUCCUGUUGUUAACGUCGCUACCAGUUGUGCCUUGCUGUUCCGUGUUGUUUGUCCCAAUAAAUCCCUCGUUACCUGACUCUUUGUCUCCCUGCCCCUGCUUCCCCGGUUCGGAACGUGAUAGCAAUCAAUAGAGUAAAAAAUAAAUAUAGAAAAAUGCGUUAUGAAAUAUUUUUUCUGUAGGCCUAAUACUUUUAUCUUUCAUUUCAUUUUAGAUGACAGAGUACUGGACUGUUGAAGAUGUCUGCAAAUGGCUUCAAUCCAUAAACUUAAUUGAUGCAAAAGAAAUCUUCACCGGGGAUGAAAAAGACUACCAUGCUUUGGACACCUAUGUUCAUGAUGAGAAUAUGUUCCUUACACUUCACCACUGUGUCCACAGAACAGCAAAUUGAUGGGGAAACACUACUGGGGUUGACUGAAAGGAUGACUGAAAAACUUUUUCCUCUGAUGAAGCAGCAAGUGAUAUUUUUAAAAGAGUUGGAGAAAUUGCGCAACACAUCAUCAUUGGCUCAACAAACAAGUCCAAUGCUGUGUGAUGGAUUACCUGCAGAGCCCAGUAGUCAUCAAGGAGCCCAGGAGUCAUGGCCAGCAUUAUACACCCUGCCUGUCCUGCCCCCAGAGCUACAGGAAGCUCUACAAAGAAAAGAUCCAUCUUUCAAAAAAAAAGACAAGUCCCACGUGCGAUCUUUACUGAUCCAAGUGUUGUUUGACAACAUCACAAAGUACACAUGGUACCCAAACCAUAAAAAAUACACAGAUGUCCUGGGAUGUCUGAUCACCAGGUUUCCAUUUUUGAGAGACCAUAGCUCCUCUGGAUAUGAAACUCUAUUGGAGUGUUUGCGAAAUAAGUUCAAGAAGGAAAGGUCACCUUUAGUGAACUUGGCAACAGUCCAGGAGAUGAAAAAAAAGUUUGGUGCCAANUACGAAAUUUGCGGCGCAACAUUACACAUAAAAUGA